AUGGCAAAAGGAUACGCUAACGCGUCGUACAACUGGCCAACGAUGAAUUGGGCCGCUACGGACCUGAGUAAAGAGUGGGAAAGAUUUUAUCAACACUGCGAAUUUGCUUUCGGAGGACCACUCAACAAGUGCACGGAAAAAGAGAAAGUAUGCAACCUGAUGAGCUUUGUCGGUGACAAGGGCCAAGAGAUUUACCUCACUUUCCGGUGGAACACUGUUCAAGUUGGAUCGGGGGAAAACAGACGUGACAUCAGUGAAAGGGACAUACUUGAACGGGUCGCCGAAAAAUUCAAAGCACACCUCGAAGCUAAAAAGAACCCAAUAAUGGCGGCAGUCAAAUUCGAUCGGAGACGCCAACUGCACGGGGAAACGUUUGAUUCCUUCGUCACUGACCUCAAAGUCCUAGCCCGAGGGCUAGACAUGACCGAGACAAAUAAGUUAAUUCGGAACGCCAUCGCGUGUAAAUCACUGGAUGAACGAGUACGACAACGUUGCCUGGAAAAAAGGAAAAACCUUACACUCGAAACAGCCAUCAGCAUCGGUCGAAUGUUCGAGGCCACAAGGGAUGGAAUCCAGGUGAUGUCAGGUGAAAACCCGAGAAUUGAAGUUAGUAAAGUUACAUGGAAGAAGGACUCGUCUAGGCAGCAUAAAAAGGCGAGAAAUUUCAAGAAACCGAGAGGUAACAAUGAGCAGGUUCAGAAAUGUGACAGGUGUGGAUACAAUGCACACAAGCCACAAGAAAAGUGUCCAGCCAAGAAUGAAUCGUGUAAUAAGAGCAGGAAAAUUGGACACUUUGCCCAAGUGUGCAGAAGUCGGAAAAGU